UCGGCUGCUGUGCAGAGUUGAGUUCUGUUUCAGCUUGCAUUACUCUGCGGCGGUAAUCAGUGGCUGCUUUUCUCCGGUCCAGGCGGCUUGUCGAAUUGCUUGAUCUUUGUAGCAUUUGCAUAGAUGGCGGUGCAGUGUGUAACCAAGGUGGAGCUGUCGAUUUCAUGUCAAAAUCUGAUUGACAAAGAUGUGGGGUCAAAGUCAGACCCGCUGUGCGUGCUAUUGCAGAGCACAGGAGAAGACAAGUGGGUCGAGCUGGACCGAACUGAGAAAGUGAAGAACUGCCAGAGUCCUGAGUUCUCGAAGAAGCUGCGGGUGGAUUAUUUCUUUGAGAAGGUGCAGAAGCUCAAGUUUGGAGUCUAUGACAUAGACAACAGCUCUGUGGACCUGGGUGACGAUGACUAUCUGGGAGGAUUUGAGUGUACACUUGGGCAGAUUGUGUCCAGUCGGAAGCUCAUCAGGCCGCUGGAGUUGAAGAAAGGAAAGCCUGCCGGUAAAGGCAUGAUCACUAUUGGUGCAGAAGAGAUCAGCGAUAACAGGGCAAUUGUUCUGGAAGUGGAAGCUCGAAGCCUGGAUAAGAAGGACCUUUUUGGCAAAUCUGAUCCAUUCCUGGAGUUUUCUAAGCAGGGGGAAGAUGGCAAGUGGCAACUGGUUCACAGAACAGAGGUGAUCAAAAACAACCUGAAUCCUUCCUGGAAAAAGUUCUCAGUCUCUCUUCAAACAUUCUGCAAUAGUGACUUGAACAAACCAAUUAAGGUCAGUUGCAUUGAUUAUGAUAGCGAUGGAUCUCAUGACCUGAUUGGCAAUUUUGAAACUAAUGCAGCAGAACUGCAGAAAGCAAGCCUUGGCUCACCGGUUGAGUAUGACUGCAUUCACCCAGAGAAGAAACAGAAGAAAAAAAGUUACAAAAACUCUGGAGUUGUGAAGAUAAAGUCUUGUAUGAUUGAAACUGAGUAUUCGUUCCUGGAUUACGUCAUGGGAGGGUGCCAAAUUAACUUCACGGUUGGUAUUGACUUCACCGGGUCCAAUGGGGAUCCCAGAUCCCCAGAUUCCCUGCACUACAUGAGUCCCAGUGGGAUGAACCAGUACCUCACAGCACUCUGGGCUGUGGGACAGGUGAUUCAAGAUUAUGACACAGAUAAACUGUUCCCUGCCUUUGGGUUUGGAGCCUGUGUUCCACCGGACUCUAAGGUGUCUCAUGAAUUUCCACUCAACUUCAACCCCAGCAGCCCUUACUGCCAAGGCAUAACUGGUGUCGUGGAAGCCUAUCGUGCAGCUUUACCCCAAGUGAAGCUGUACGGACCAACCAACUUCUCCCCCAUCAUAAACCACGUAGCCAGGAUUGCGUCUGGAGGAGCACAGCAGAACACAGCAGGUCAAUAUUUUGUUUUGUUGAUCAUCACUGACGGGGAGAUCACCGACCUGGACCAGACCAGACAAGCCAUUGUGAACUGCUCCAAGCUGCCCAUGUCCAUCAUCAUCAUUGGGGUGGGAGAGGCGGAUUUCAAAGCCAUGGAGUUCUUGGACGGAGACAACGGUGUUUUGAAAUCUCUGACUGGAGAGAGUGCUGCCAGGGAUAUUGUGCAGUUUGUACCUUUCAGAGAUUUCAUGAAGGCCCCUAAGGAAGCCCUUGCCCAGUCUGUGUUGGCUGAGGUGCCCAGCCAGGUUGUUUCCUACUUCAAGAUGCGCCGGCUGGCUCCAGUGCAGCCCCCGAAGCCUCAGGCGAAGGUGACCCCCUGAACCAGAGGAGCAGGACCUUUCCUUUCAGCUCUGCCUCCUCGCUGGAGCGCCUGUGUGAAAGGGAGGGGCUGCACUGCCCUGUUAGACCUAAUCUCAUUCCGGAAGUUGCCACUUAUUUUUUUGAUAUUUUUGUUUAGUUUAAGAAAAAAAAAAAGUACUACUUUUAAAAUUGUAAUUGUAUUAUAACAAAGAUUAAGCCAAUAUAACAGAAUAGGUCAGUAAUGUGAGUAUUACAGUCCUAGAAAAAUGCAUUUUGGAGUUUCAACGAAAGAAUGCCAGUCCUUAUUUUAUUAACAAAGACAUGUGUUUACAAUAUAAAUUUCUGUCUUGUAUUCAUGUUUUUGUGUUUUUUUCAUGGAACUUCUAAUAGAAAGGACUAUCAGCUUAGCGUGCACUGUAAACAAUUGCACUUCCAAGCUUUUCCUGCUUUUUUUAAUGUAUGUAAACUAUUUGCAGUGAUGCCAGUAUCUGCAAACUGUAUAUUCUGCACCUGCUUAUAGUGUUCAUACUUUUUCUUUAAACUGCAGUGUGACAAUGUAUGCAAGUUAUUUGCACUUCUCUAUAAGGGAUCUUGUACCAAAGUGAACUGUUAAGCCUUACUGCAAUUCCAUAGGUCAGGGUUCACUGAAACGCAAUUUCAGAGUUCCCGUCCUGGCGGUCCGUCACAUGCUCUUGCAGGUGAAACUGUGUUUUAUUGUAGCCUGUGCAUGUGAAGUGUGGCUUUGGCUGCAAAAUCAUGUUAAAAUAAAAUAAAAACCUUUAUUACUGAAUGCAUGCUUAUGAUCUGGGUGUCAGCAACCUCUGCAUUGUGUUUGUACCACUUGAGACUCUUUGCAGUCCAUUUAUUCAGCACUUGUCAGGUCCAAUUUAUUUUCACACGCGCU